AUGGAAGAGUCGAGCGAUACGGAGCUGCAAGAGCCGGAAGCCAGUAGGGCUUCGCCUCCCAAUGGAGAAUUUGCAAAGAUCUCGCGUUUUCCAAGAAAAUUCACUUUCACGCUAAAAGUAAAUUCGUCAUUUUUGCUAUUUCAUUUCCAAAUUGCUCUUGAAGUUUGCCAUAAUCAAGAAGAAUUCGUUUCAGUAGCAGUUGACAGUAUCAAGGAAGUGCGAGUGGGAAGGACCACUGAACUGUUGCGUGCAAUGGAAAACUAUGCAACUGAAAUGCAGGAAGAAUGUGCCUUUUCGAUAAUUCACGGGGAUCAGUACGAAUGCCUUGAUUUGAUAGCGAAGACACCCGAGGAUGCGAAAAUCUGGAUAACAGGCCUAGUGUCCCUAACAUCAUCCAGUCGUGCUGAACAGUUCAGGUGGCUGGAAUCAGUGUUUGAUGAAGCGGAUCCAGACAAGCUUGGCUGCAUUCUGGAGAAUCAGGCUGUGCAGCUUAUCAAACAGCUUAACUCUCGAAUUUUGCUCAGUAGGGUGAAACACAAAGUGAAGGAAGCAUGCAUUUUGAAUCCGGAAGAAUCGCAGCGCGGAAAAGUAACUCGCUCGCAAUUUGUGGAUAUCUACAGGGACGUUGCGACAAGGCCUGAAAUAUAUUUCCUGAUGGUGCAGUAUGCCAAUAAGGACUACCUAAGUUGCAAAGAUCUUCAAGUAUUUCUGGAAACCGAACAAGGGCUGCUAGGAGUGACGAUGGAACUGUGCGAAGCAAUCAUUGACCAGUACGAGCCUUCUCUCGAAGCCAAGCAUCUCAACUAUAUGACUGUUGAUGGUAAUCUAUCCAUUUUGGACCAUUUAAAUUUUCUGCUGGGAGUGACGAUGGAACUGUGCGAAGCAAUCAUCGACCAGUACGAGCCUUCUCUCGAAGCCAAGCAUCUCAAUUAUAUGACUGUUGAUGGUUUUACAAAUUACCUUCUCAGUGAGGAAGGCUAUUUGUUCGAUAUAAUGCACAAGCGAGUGUGCCAGGAAAUGAACCAGCCGUUCAGCAACUAUUUUAUAGCGACAUCAUACAAUACCUACCUGGUUGAGGAUCAGCUUAAAGGACCGGCCAGUUCUGAUGGCUACAUUACCGCCCUUCGCAAGAACUGCAGGUAUCCGUUAUUUAUACGACUGGAACUCCAUCUCGAUAUUGAAUGGCAACUGGUGCUUGUCAAUUUGCUCUGCGAGGUUUUCGGAAAUAAGCUUUAUCGGCCGCGCAGUGACCCGGUGGAUUGGGUGAACGGCCAGCGCCGACCGACACCUAAAGACUUCCAGAUGAGAAUUAUUCUUGUGGGUAGAAGGAUUGAUGGCGCUGAUGAGGAUAUUGGCGAGUUUGUGAAUGGCUUCUGA